AUGACAUUUAUUGGCUUAUUUUUCUUCUGUAUGCUGAUGAAUAUACUAACAGAUGCCCGAUCAAUCCGGGAUGGAGAUGCUCUCUACCGGGAACCUGUAGCCUUGCCGUACUGGCCCUUCUCAUCCAGUGACUUCUGGUCCUACGUGGAGUAUUUCCGAACCCUGGGAGACUACAACAGAAUCAAUGAAAUGGCCACAGCCCUCUUUGCCCAGUUCCCUUUUGGGAGCCACCUUGGCUAUCAUAUGCCCAGCCAUGAGCACUAA